AUGAGGUAUCUACAAGGAACCAAAAACUACAGACUCGCAUACAAACAUUCUGACAAUCUUGAAGUUGUUGGAUAUACGAAUUCAGAUUUUGCUGGAUGUGUAGACACGAGAAAGUCUACAUCAGGAUACAUUUUUCUUCUAACUGGAGGAGCUGUAUCUUGGGAAAGCAACAAGCAGACUAUAAUUGCAUCGUCUACCAUGGAAGUAGAAUUCAUUGGUUACUAUGAAGCUACGACACGGGCAUUAUGGUUGAGAAAUUUUGUCAAAAACUUAAGAGUUGUCGAUAAUAUAGAGAAGUCUUUGAAAAUUUAUUGCGACAAUCCGACUGCAAUUUUCUUUUUAAGAAAUAACAAAAGUGGAAGUCAAAGCAAACAUAUUGACAUAAAGUAUUUGAUUGUGGAGUUCCAGGAGGCCUUCAGUCUAUUUGACAAAGAUGGAGACGGUUGUAUUACCAUUGAAGAAUUGGCUACAGUUAUCAGGUCUUUGGAUCAAAAUCCUACUGAGGAAGAACUCCAUGAUAUGAUCAAUGAAGUCGAUUCCGAUGGAAAUGGGACCAUAGAAUUUUCAGAAUUCUUGAGCCUUAUGGCCAACAAAAUGAAGGAAACUGAUGCAGAGGAGGAGCUCAAAGAAGCUUUCAAAGUGUUUGACAAGGAUCAAAAUGGUUACAUAUCUGCUAAAGAGCUAAGGCACGUGAUGAUCAAUCUUGGGGAAAAAUUAACAGAUGAAGAAGUAGAACAGAUGAUAAAAGAGGCAGAUUUGGAUGGCGAUGGACAAGUCUGUUUUGAUGAAUUUGUGAAGAUGAUGAUGGCUAUUGGAUAGAAAUUGGAAUAGUUAAUAUCAUGGAAUUGGAGGGUUAUUUUAGUUCCAUUUUAUUCAUGUUUUUAAAUUGUUUGAUCUCUGAUAUUUUAAUUAUCAAUGUGAUAAUCAUCAAGAAAGUAGGAUUAAUUUAUUGUCCUUUUUAUAAUUAGAAAGUUACUUUCUUAACAACUCAUUUCAUGUA